AUUAAAUUAUGUAUUGUUUUUCAUGGUGCUCUAUUUACUCAGUAUCAAGAAAGUGCUUGUAAAACAGCAAAAAAACUAGGAGUUAAUUUGUUAAAUAUUGAUGAUUGUUUUAUUAAAUCAAUUGCACAUUCACAAAACUCAACUAUUCGAAAUUUAAUUGAUUCUAAAUACCAAGAAUUUUUUAAAGAUUAUGUUGAUUCAAAUAUUGAAAAUCAUCAAUUAGUUAAAGAUCAUGAAGUGUUAGUUUUUAAUAAAAUACCUAAAAUUGAUGUACUUAAUUCUUUAGAUUUAUUGAGUCAAUAUGAGUACAAAAUUGAGGCAAUUCAUUUAUUAGAAAAUAUAUUAAAGAUAACAGGAAAAUUAAAGAGUGAAAAAAAAAAAUCUAAAAACGAUACAUUUCUUGAUGUUGAUAUAACCCAACUUGUAAAAAUUUUACAAGAUGGAUUAUUGGCUGAUCAUUUUGAAGAUGGUAUUGUCAUUCAAUCAUUAAAAAAUAAUUUUAUAAUAAAUGAAACAACAAUGCUUUCGACAAUCAUUCAGCUACUGUCACCAAUACAUUCUGAAGAAAAAGAAAUGUUAGAAUCUAAGCUUAAAAAAAUCGAUGAAAUGCCUGAUGAAGAGUUUCAUUUACUUUCAGAGGAUGAUAAAAAUUUAUACAUUGAAAAAAUUCAAAAACCAAGAAUUGAAGAAGCUCAAUUGAGACGUCAAAAAAUGUAUAAAAAAAUAUCAACAUUAAUGAGUCCAAAUUUAACAGAAAAUAAUGAUACAAAAGAAGUGAAAGUGAAAGAUUCAAGCUCCGAUAUAAAUUCAGAUAUACAAAAAACAACAACAGACAAUGUAACUAACAGUAAUAUUUUAAAAGAUGAUAAUGCUCAUCAACAUGCUUCUGAAUCAAAUCUUUAUUCGAUUUUAUCACCCAUGGAAAAACCAAAAAUUCAUAAAAAUCAUCAAUUCGAAUUAUUGGACUCAAUUAAUAAUGAAAAUCCAGAUUCACGUAUUAUUAUUCAGGCUGGUGAAUCAAGAGUAUUUAAAAUUAUAUUUAAACCCAAGAAAAGUGGUAAAUUUAAAAAUGAAUUUGUCAUUAGUAUUAUUGGAAGUAACGGUCAAUAUCGUCGUAUAUUCAUGACAGGUCAAAAAAAAACUAAAUACAUUGUAUUAAAAAAUAAUUCAACUUUAAUUCCUGUAUUUUGGAGAAUAAAAAGAUCUGAAAUAUUAAAUCAACAAAUUAUUGUACCUCAAAAAUCCGGAUGGAUUUAUCCAACAAUGGAGUGUAAAAUUGAAAUAUGUUUUAUUGGAAUGUUGAUUGGUGUUAUGGAACAAUCAUUAAUUCCAAUCUGUAUAUUUUUAUAUGAGAAUGAUGAUGAUCCAUUCUCAAUAGAAACAAUAAGAGUAGCUGGAGAAACAUUUGAUGUAAAUAUUAAUUUACAAGAUUCUCUUCCAAUUAAAUUUGGAAUUGUUAGAACAAAUCUUAUAAUUAAUCCACAAGCUGGAAAGCUUGAACCAGGUAAAGUUUUUAUUAUAAAUAUAUUUUUUACACCAACUAUUGAAAUGGAUAUAAAAGAAAUUGCACUUUUAAAAUGUAAUUUGUAUGAUGAAAAUAAUACGACUUUGGUUGUAACAAAAAUUCCAUUGACAGUGUCGAUAUUUGCACAAUAUCCAAUAGUUAAACUUCAUCCUAAUUAUGAGUUGAUGUUCGGCCCAAUGACUAUGAAAUCAUCCAAAAAACUAAUUUUAUCUAUUGAAAAUUCUGAAAUUGAUAAUAAUAUUGUGACUAAUCAAAUGGAGAUAGGUCCAUUUAAGCUUGAAAAAAAUGAGGGUUUUAUUGAAAUUGGAAAAAUUGAAGAAAUCAUAAUUGAAGCUUAUCCUCAAGUUAUAGGAAAAAUUGUUGAAAAAAUUUUAAUAAAAAUUCUUGGAGGUUCUCCGAGUGAUGCCAAUGGAAGACUAUUAAAAUUAUCAUUAGAAUCUUGUAUGCCAAAAAUUGAUUUUAAUGACUUUAAAUUAAUAUUUCAAGAUAGCCAUAUUGUUAAUGAGCCUAAUGAUUUUAUAUGCUCACUUGAUAAAGAAUACACAUUGCGACUACGUAAUUCAGGUCUUGUUGCGUCAGAUGUUGUCAUUGAUAUCAUUAAAAAUUCAUCAACAUCAAAAUCUUUAGUACCUGUAUUUGUUGUUGAUCCUGUUAAAGCAACUAUUUCUCCGCUGGAAACUCAUGUAUUUACAAUUACAUUUAGUCCAACAAUAAUAAAAAAAUACAGCUAUUUUUUGGAAGCAAGAGUUUUACUUCCUCCAGAUAUGACCUCUGAUAAAUUGUACAUUGAAAUUAUUGGCAACAGCUGCGUGCCAGAAAUUGACCUCAUUGAACCGUCAAUAGAUUCUAAGCGAGGUCAUGCAUAUUUGAAAUUUGGUCAGUGCCUUGUGGGUGAGACAAGCAUUAAAAAUAUUUCAUUCAAAAAUACUGGAAAAGUCAAAACUCAAGUACUCAUUGAGAUUCAUAGGGAAUUUACAAAGUUAAUAGUUCUAUUUAAACCAGAUGAGCCAAUAAUAAUUGAAGCAAAAAUUUGUUUAUUUUUUACGAAUAAUCCAUAUGAACAAUUGACAGUUAAUUUACAAGGUGAAGGUUUUAUUGAGCCGGUUGUUUUUGAGGGUUUACAACUUGAAGAAAAAAUUUUAAUAAAUAACUCUGAUGAUGACAGUAUAAAAUCAAAAGAAAAAUUAGAAUCAUCAUCAUACUUAGUUUAUAAAAUAAAUAUGGACUCGUGUUUUAUUGGAAAAACUGAAUCCGUAUCUUUCAAAAUUGUCAAUAAAUCUAGUGACAAAUAUUUUAAAUUUGAAUUAAUAAGUCAAUAUUCUGAUAUUUAUUUUUUACCCUCUGUUGGACAUUUGGGAUAUUUUGAUUAUAAAGAUAUUACUUUGUCAUUUAGAUCAUUAUGCCCUGUUCAUUAUACUCAAACGUUAUUAAAUUGCAAAAUCAAUGAAAUCAAGUUAUCAAAUAGUCCCCGAGGCAUAGCUUGGGAUAAUCAAUGUUUCACGGUUGAUUGGAAAACACCAAAGCAAUUCUCAAAUGAAAACCAAGUUUUUUUAACUCGUAUUCAGAAUAUUGCAGAUGAACCACAGUACGAAAUUGUCAAUGACAUUGUCAGAACGAUUCAAUUAAAUUUUUCAGCAACAGCAGCUUAUUCUGUUUAUUCAUGUUCUACAGAGAAAAUACAUUUCGAAGAUACAUUCAUCUUCCAGAAAAUCAAAUUAUCAUUUCAUAUUGAUAAUUCAGGCAUCGUAGAUUUGAUUUACAAAUGGAAAAUUAUUAAAAAAGAUAAAUCAAUAGACUCAUCAUUUAAUUCACUUGAAAAUUUAUCAAGUUCAACAAGUUUAACACAAUUUUCUUCUUUAAAAAAUGUAGUAGUUGAUGAAAUAUUGCCGUUUAGUAUUACACCUGAAUUUGGUAUUAUUAAACCAGGAAAAACACAAGAAUAUUUUCUCACUUUUAUACCAAAAGUUGUAAAUAGCUAUCAAGUAAAUGUCGUUUGUGAUAUUGAUAAUCUUGAUCCAGAAAUAAAAACAUUAAAAAUUGUUGUUGACGGAAAAAGUUUGCCAAUUUAUUAUCACAUUGAUUUGCCAGAGAGUGUUCAUGUAGAUAAUCAUCAUUUAGAUUUAGCAGAAGACACAAGAUUUCUUGAGUUUAAUAUAAUUGGUGUCGGUGAAAAUCAUACGAAAACAUUCAAUCUAAUUAAUCUAACAAUAAAACCUUAUCAUUUUUCAUGGACUGAAAAAAAAUCAUUAAACAAAAAUGAUAAAUCUUAUUUUCAUUGUAAAUUUAAAAAAGGCAUUGUAGAAGCUGAAUCAUCAACAAAAAUAUCAUUUGUAUUAUCAGCUCAAGAUGUUGGAAAAUUUGAAUCAUUGUGGACACUUUCGAUUGAAGAAUACAAAAUUGACAUACCAUUUGUUUUAAUUGGUAAUGUUAAAUUACCUCAUGUUGCUUGUUGUACAGUCAAAAUAAAUCUUGAAAAAACAUAUCCAGGACGACAAGUUGAAAGCACCAUUAGAAUUGCAAACAAGGAAAAUUUGGCACUGACAUUCAAUGUCACUAAACAGGCAUUACAAAAAGGCUUAAGAGUUGAACCUUCAUUUGGUAUCCUCGAGCCAAAUAAAGAUAAAUUUUUUCGAAUUAUAUUUAAACCAUGGCAAAUAGGUCCCUUGAAUACAACCUUGAAAAUUUUUGUAGAAAAAAUGAAAAAACCAUUGAAAGUUUUUAUAACUGGUGAGGUAAUUGAAUUAAAAUCACGUAUAACAUAUAAAUGA